AUGUACCCCUUCUCCCCCUCCAAUCACUUCGCUCCUCACACAGGAACCACCUUCGAGGGAUACUAUAGCAAAUUUCGACUCCCCUCGGGCGCCUCCAUCGCCCUCAUCAUCAGCACGGUCCCGUCCGUCGCCCCCGCGUCCGAUCGGCCCGAUGGCGAAGGCAGCAGCUGGACAUCCUCGCUGAUGUCCAUGCUGUCUACCAAAGCCACCACCGAGAAGAAAGGCGCUCCAUACCUCGUUAUCUUUGCAUACGUCACGGCGGAGGGGAGCAAGUGGUAUCUGAAGGAAUGGACCCCGGAGCACCUCUACCAGAAGAGCAAGGAGAAUGGGGGGUUUGAGCUUUCCUGGGCGGAGGGACAGAUCAGCUGGGACGGCGGAGACAUCAUUCACUGGGAGCUUAAUUACCCCGAGGUCAAAUUCAACAGCUCAACCGGCCCGAAUGCGAGCCUGAGCAGCCUGAGCUCUCGGCCCCUCCGGACCCCUUGGAACCCGUCCAUUCCCUCCUCCACCCCAGCGGGCCUCCUAGCCGACCUCCCACUCCCUAUUCAAUGGCACGUCCACUCCACAGACUCCGCGUGCGACUUCACACUAUCCCUCACUCCCUCCGGCUCGUCCGAUCCCUCUCGCGAACCCCCACUCCACAACGCCGAUCGAUCGGGGAUCGCCAACGUCCAUUCGGAAAAGAACUGGGCACACUCCUUCCCCUCCGCCUAUAUCUGGCUACAAGCGCGAGACCACGCAUCCUCCUCGGGUCUGUGCGUUGCGGGCGGGUCCCUCAUACCCGGCGUCGAGGCGUUCCUUGUUGGCUACACAUCCAAAACCGGCAGAUUCAUCUCCUUCAAACCCCCUACCUCCACAUCAAUAUUCUCCGUCUCGCUCGGCCUCACAUCGGAUAUUGCGUACCCACAGCGCAAGGCCGAGAUUGACCUGCGGGGCUGGUUCACCCGGAUCAGAAUCAUCGCCACGGCGCCAGAGGAGACGUUCUUUCCUCUCUCAGCACCACUCAAUACGGGGCAUAGCGAGGGGUAUACGGUGCAGAGCUUUGGGGCCGCGGUGGAGGUCAAGGUGUAUCAGAGGGGAUGGAUGGGAGGAUGGAUGGAGGUCAAGAGUGAGGGGGACAGGUGGACUGGAGGGAGCUUAGAGUUUGGUGGAGAUUAUUAUAGGCCGCAUACGGAGUAA